CCGUUUUCGGCGGUGGCGGCGGCAUGAUCGCGGUUUUCGCCGCGCGGGCGCGCGUAUGAGAGCGAUUUUGCGUUCCCAUCAUCUAUUCUGCGGCCACCGCUCUCCAGAUCGAACGUGUCCACCGCCACUGCCGUGUCGCUGUGUCUCUGCGGUUUUCCUCGUCGCCACAACUACACCACAUCUCCACAUUUCGUAUUUACCGAUACAUUUUUUUCCGACCAUUUUUCUUCAAUAAUAAUUUAUUUUAUUUUAUCGUUUCGUUUCGGUUGUCACCGCCAUUGUUUGUAUUCUGUUUGUCCACGCCGCCGGAAGCGAUAACCUACGGAUCCCCGCGAACGUGGCCGGAUCGAAGCGCGCGCGAUUAACGAAAGCGCGGCCGGAGACGUAACCGGCCGCCGUCGCCACCGCCGCCACCGCACAGACUACGCUCUCGUCCGACAACGACGACGACGCGGCCGCCGUUCUAUUUUUUUUUAUUUUCGCGCGCGCGAGCUUCACAGCCACCGUCGCGACGGUAGUCGUUCCCCGCGCUGGGCGCACCGCGUUCGGCGUUUUAAAAACACCGUUAGGGUUCCCGCGCUAUUUUCUGUCACGAAAACAAUUGCGUCCGACCCGAUCUACCAAUUACCGAAAUUUGUCUCCGUCUACUCCGUGAUCCAUCACGAAAAUUUGAAAGUAAUAUAAUUUUUUUUCUUAAUAAUCCUCCCGGUCCGUUCAGCCCCUCCCGCCGCGCCGCACUUGCAAAAAAAAAAAAAACCACUGCCCGAAAGCCGCACAAAAGUUUUUCCGCGCUAUGAGACGGCAUACGCGGCCCAAUCUUGGUGCACUGACAGGAGGUAGUAGUGACAAGUAAAAUAAUAAAAAUAAAUAGAUAGAACAGUAGGUAUAUCGAACUGCAGAGUUUCGAAGACACACGCGAGCGGUGGCACGUUGACUGGUUGAAAAGGAUUCGCAAACGGCGCCAAAACGGAGCAUAUACGAAACAUAAUGGGAUGCGUUCAGUCGCUUUUCAAUGCAUCAAAAUCCAGGAGCUCAUCUCCAGAAAGAGGUUUCGAACCUCCGAAUUUUGAGACGGUACCAGUCACACGGCAACCGAAAAAAUCAUACAACACGUCUGCCACUGGUAUUUCAGAUGACCGCGUGUACAGCGACGUGGAAUAUGACGAAGAUAGCGAUGAGGACAUGGCCAUGAAGUGCGACGAUUUUGAAAAAUAUGCAUUAGAUAUUGAAGACGACCUUCGUUCUGUGCAUUACGUGGAGGCUACAGCCUUGACCACUUUAGCCGCAACUUCAAGUUCAGUGGCCAUAAUUGGAACGACGGCUAAAUGCAAGUCAGCGGGUGCGUCGCCGGCUACGGCCAAAAGCAACCCAGCGGACACGUCGCCGCCUAUCCGACGGCAACAGUCGUCUUCUCCUUCGUCGUCAGCGUCGCCUUUGCCACCAGGACCGCGACCGCCACUUAUCGGGUCAGUAUCCCAGCCUCUGCUUGACGACGGGAAGCAGACGUCGGUUAGGAAACUGGAUUCCGAAAUCAAAACGAUAGCUGUCGUUAGCUCAGCUCCUGAAAAGGAAACAGAAGAAAUGUGGUUGUCUGAAGAACAAUGGACUGAGCAUCUAGCAACGAAGUCCGGUCACAGGGUUAUACGGUCAUUGGCCGAGGACGCCGGACCACCACCACCGUCUCCGUCGCCGUUUUCUGCGUCAGCACAUCAGUGGCCGCUUCAGUGGCCGGUGGCGGGAUGCUCAAAGCAAACCAAUCUUGAUCGCAUACCUGUAGGUGUGAUUGAGGUUCUAGACUGCGAACCCGUCGACCAGCGGCGGCCACCACCGACAAAAGCGCAACGGUUCCCGAAGGCGCAGAGGGCUAGUCGCGGUGAUCAGAACAUCCCAUUGCCAGUCAUACAUGCGAUGGGAUUGAAGAGUGAUUCUUUGAAUCACGAAGACAUGUUUAAGACCAUGAGGGUGCAGCCCUCUUCGUCAGACAAACACGGAUUUCGUUCCAGAACGGGCACCGGGAGUUCGACGUUCGACUCGUCCUCCCGGAAGCCAUUCCUUCGACAGUCGAACGAAACGAAACCCCGAUAUACCGAAGAUGAAUUUUCUGCCGCCACCGGAUGGAUGAUAAACAUGCCAGUGUUUGCCAAAUGUCCACCAGCUAAAUCCAAAAGCCUCCCAUCUAGGGAAGUACCAUCCAAAAAUAGAGAUUCCGAAGUAGAAAUGACCGAGAAACAACAUUGUGUUCAUAGAGGAUCAUCAUUGCCGUACGAUAACAAUGGGGCAGAAACUUCAACAGAAAUAAUAAAACGUAAUAUUGAUGACAAAGUAAAAAUACCUACAACUCAUGGAUGUGACACAAUCAUACCACAUGCUAUUGACAAACCGGAUUCGUUAAAAAAUUCAAACAACCAUUCAGAAAACCAUAAGCUGGACGUAGAAGCUGCUACAGAGAAAAUUAACCCAAUCGAUGUACCCAAUGAGGUUCAACCAGUCCACAAAGCCGAAAAAGAGCUUGUAAACACACAGGCAGUUGAUAAAAAAAAUGUAAACGACGUUGAAGAAGCACCUGUUAAGAAACAGGAACUUGAAGAUUCUAAGACCGAUAAUUCCAGCGAUUUAAAAAAACAGGAACCGGAAUCGGAAACUGAAUUCCGUUUGACCAUGAUACACAGCGUGCGGGAGGCUGUGAACCGUAUAUGUGAACAAGCCGUGGAGAAGACCGCGGCCAUAGUCAGAGGACUGAAUAAGCGUAACAGCACUUCGACCUUGACUAGUUCUCUCCAAGAUCGAGAUCAGUCUGAACAUACCGAUAACGUAAGCAGUGAAUUUUCCUUACCACCUCUACCACAACAGUAUCCAUUGGACCUAACCAUGUUACAGCUUCCAACGGAGACAUCAUGGCCACCACCACCGAAAAUAUAUGAAUCAGAUGAACAUACUCUGGCACCGGAAUAUUCGUUCGACCUGCCGGAUCCUCCGACAGAUAUCUAUCAAGUCGAUACAGAAACAGAGAAAUUAGACAUUACCGACGAGGAGAUGAAAGCCACUGGAUUACCAUCAGAUGACGAUACAGAAACUGGUGACGGUGUGGUAGAAAACGAUCAUCCCGAUAACGAAAUCGACGCCGUCAUGAAAUCGACGGCCAAUGGUGGAUCGUCCGACGGAUCAGUGGAGGCGGCGAUAAUUGUAGCGCAGGAUAACGGGGCCGAUGACCGGGCAGCUACCACCAUACAGGCCGUGUACCGCGGUUUCCGGGCCCGGAAGUACGUGGAGGCCGUGAACGCGGCCGCGGUAAAGAUCCAAGCGGGCUUCCGGGGCUACCGGGUCAGGCAGUCCCUGAAGAACGCGGCCCCGUCCACGGCCACAACGACCACGGACGAGAGCCAAUGUUGGUCGGAUGACGACCAGAAGUCGGUCGUGUCCGUCACUUAUGCGCCACUCAAAGAGUACGGAUGCGAGCCACGUGGUGCUGGCGAUGGACGAGGUGAUAAUGGCAGUGAUGACGGUGGUGACGGGCCAAGUCCAGUUGUUGGUAUUGGUGACAGUGUUUCCGGUGUCCCCGGCAACGUUGGUGACGGUGGAGGGGAUCGCGGUGGUGAUCACGGUGGUGAUGGUGAUGGCCGAAGUGGUGUCGGUAAUAUUGGGGGCGCUCAUGUUGAUGCGGGUCCUGGAGUCAUUGGUGUUGGUGUUUACGAGGACGACGACGAUGACGACGAUGAGCUGCAGACCGGCGACGACGAAGUUUUCGAGCGCGAUGACAAGGACAUCAGUGGCGGCGACAACGUUGGAAAUCUGGUGACGAAGCCGACUACUACUUUGUCGGAACCUGCUACUCCGACCGAAGUGUCCACGCCAGACAAUGCAGCAGAAGCAGACGAGCUGGUGCAAGCGGCUAUUAAAAUACAGGCAAGGGUCCGCGGUUUUGCGGCCAGAAAACGCUUUAACGAAGAAAAGAACGACGGCUCCGACAAAAAAUAAACAUGUCCAAAAAAAUAAUAUUAAUAUAAUAAAAAAUAUUUCAUUAUAAUAUACAACACACUCCUCGAUUUAAAAAAAAUCGAAAAUUUUUGUCUCUCCCUCUCUCCAAUUGUAUCCCUAAACCUUUAUAUAUCGAUCUGUCCACCUACCUAUAUACUCUAUCUGUCCAACAUGCUCUCAGUCUUAAUUUAAUGCCAGUCUUAUAACAAUAAAAAUAAUAAUAUUAAAACAAUUUUCGUACACACGGACGACAGACACCAAGAAUUAUUACGCGUACGAAUUAUUACAGUAUAUACUCUGUAUACGGUCGUUUUACGAUUACUCACUCAAAAUAAUAAGUACGAUAAAAACAUUAAAAUCAUUUUUUAAAAAAAGUGUGUAUUGACACAUAUUUCUCACGUCGCACCGAAUUUAUUUCAAACAUUAUACCGGAAGCUUACAGAUAUUAAUUUAUAGAAUAUAUUUUCUAGUUAAUACAAUAAUUAAUAGAUCCUCGAACUUUUACAACACCAACUACGAUAUGUCUGUCGCCCGAGAUUUAAUUUUAAGAACAUUUUCGUGUUUUAUUGUACUAUAUUCAUUAAGUUUAUAAUAUUUACUCGUUGCCCAAACAAUAAAUUAAUGAAUCAAGUAGUGUUUAAAGUGAACCUUAAUUUGGUGUCUCAUACAUUUGCUUUGUCAAUGAUCCAAUUACAAAUUAAGGUUAAUACAGAUAUUGGACAAUUCAGUGAAAAAAUAAUAAUUGUUAUGUAUACCCAUUAUCCUUAUUUAUGUUUAAUUAGAUAAAACAAUUGUGUGGUUUAAAAAUUAUAGAAAAGUAAAUAUAAAAAUUAUAUUAGGUUUCUAUCAAGUUAAUGCUUUAUUAAAUGUUUGUAGAAUAGUUAUUCUAGCUACUUUAUUUAUUGUUUAGUUUAAGUUUAUAUUCAUAUUUAAACAUAUUUAGUACCUACCUAUCUGAUUAAUAUCAUACUACAAAGUAUUCACCUUAGUUUAUUGUUUUUUUAACUUUAUUUAUGUGUUGGAAAAAUAUAUUCCAUAGAAGUUAUUAUAUAUUAUUAGAUAAUUAUAUUCAUUGUAGAUAUAGAUAAUAACGAUAUGGAUAGGACACAGUUGAGGAAAAUAACGUAUACUUAUAUCGAGUAUCAACUAUCAAUAUAAAAGGGUUUCAUUUGCCUUCCCCUCCGAGACAGUGGAUUCAAAUAUAUUUAACAUAGACGGGGCAUAUCCAUAUCUUUAUUAUCUAUGAUUGUAGAGAUAUUAUACAUAAAUAUGAUGUAUUUUGGAUGUUAUUUCUAAACAAAUAUUAGUUAGUUAGCUUAUUAUAUAAACAUUAUAGGUAGGUAAAUUUGAACUUUUUUGAUUUUAAUCCAACCGAGGAGACAUAGCUCUAUAACUACACUUACAGCAACCUAAUUAAUUAUCAUUUGCUAAAUAAUUUUCAGUUUCAUAGGUAUUUAAAAUUUGUUAAUCUAUAAAAAUAAGUCGACUAAAUAUACAAUGUAAAAACUAUUC